CCAGGCGGCCCCAUGACUCUGAACCGCGGCGACAAGCUGAGGUACCUGGACAAGAGGCGGGGGAGCAUGCCCUUCGCGGCCCACCACCACCAGCAACAGCAGCACCUGCACCGGCGGAGCAUGCCGGUGGACGAGCGGGAGCUCCAGGCCUCGCUGCCGCCUUCGCCGGGGGCCGAGCUGGCCCCGCACCUCCUGCGCAGCGCCUCCUACCACCCGCGCACCCAGGAGGAGGAGGACGAGGGGCGGCGGGCGGGCAGCGGCAGCGGCUGGGCGUCCGACUCGUCCGACUCGGUCAUCUCCUCCGGCAGCGACUCGGAGGGCAGCCUCUACAAAGUCGUGCUGUUGGGAGAGCACGGCGUGGGCAAGACCAGCCUGGCCAGGAUCUUCGGGGGCGUGGAGGACUGCCCGGAGGCCGAAGAGACCGGCAAUACUUAUGACAGAUCCAUGAUAGUUGAUGAUGAAGAAGCUUCCCUUGUGGUGUUUGAUAUAUGGGAGCAGGAUGAUAGCCAAUGGCUUCAGAACCACUGUAUGAAAAUGGGGGAUGCGUACAUUAUUGUGUACUCUGUAACGGACAAAGUGAGCUUCGAGAAAGCAUCAGAGCUGAGAAUUCAGCUGCGAAGAGCCAGGCAGACAGAAGACAUUCCUAUUAUCCUUGUAGGAAACAAAAGUGACCUGGUCCGAUCACGGGAAGUCUCUGUUGAAGAGGGACGAGCCUGUGCUGUUGUGUUUGACUGCAAAUUUAUUGAGACCUCAGCUGCUCUGCACCACAAUGUCAAAGACCUGUUUGAGGGAAUUGUUCGGCAAAUCCGGCUACGCAAAGACAGUAAAGAAGACAAUGCCCGGAGGAUGGCCAGCACAAAACGGCGGGAGAGCAUCAGCAAGAAAGCCAAGCGAUUCCUUGGGAGAAUUGUGGCCAAGAACAAUAAGAAGAUGGCAUUUAAGGUCAAGUCUAAAUCUUGCCAUGACUUAUCAGUGCUUUAAAAACGGCCCUUUCUCAAUAUGACCAGAUGCUGUGUGUGAAUUUGUGUGGGCUGCAAAUGUGUCUCUGACUGUUAUGAGUGAAGGAAAAGAACUCUGAACACAAAACUAUACAGCGUGAUGGGGGGGGGGACUCCUUCAUGCCUUAUGGUUCUUCUAAGCAAGACUUGUAGGCAAGUGGACUGGGCCUUCACUGGUAAAUGGUUUAUAAGACUUGGUGUGUACAAGUGACUGAACUCAUUUCAAAUUCAGCAUCUUUGUACACCUACAUUCUCAUUGUGUAUCUUUGCUAGCUGUGCUCUUGGCUAUCAAGAAUGCAAGGAUCAAAAUUGACAGUGACACGUGAAAAAAGGAGUGGGGAGAGAAUUACUGAAAAUGUUUCCUUUGCAGAACAAAACUUGAAUACAUGUACGCAGGCUCGUACAACAUUUUCCCUGUGGUAUAUAUACCAUAUUAAAAAGCAAUGAUCUUUUGAAAACUGAAUGUGGGUUGGAAGUGUGCCAUUCAAAGUGCAUUUGCCUAAACAGAAUAAAUAUAAAAUAGAAUACAUAUAAUUUUUGAAGUUUAUUUGCACUUUCAUUAACUGUUCAAUUUGUAACUUGUUUACAUGCAGAUUUUUAUAAUAAAAUAUUUCCGACUAUUUUACUAA